AUGCGUGGUCUUGUGUUUCUCGUGCUGGUGACUGCAGCCAGUGCAAAGGUGUUCACCAGGUGUGAGCUGGCACGGAUACUGAAGUUUGCCGGGAUGGACGGUUUCCACGGAGCCAAAUUAGCUGACUGGGUCUGCCUGACCAAGUGGGAAGCAGACUACGACACUCAGAAGGUGAAUCGCCUCAAAGACGGCUCCACUGACUAUGGAAUCUUCCAGCUGAACAGCAAGUGGUGGUGCAGCGAUGGGAAAACCAAGACCAAAAAUGCCUGCAACAUCAACUGCUCAGCCUUGAUGUCCGAUAACAUCCAAGCAUCCAUUGCAUGUGCCAAGCAUGUGAUGCUAGACCACAACCGUCUCCAUGCAUGGGCAGAAUGGCGACAUCACUGCAUGGGUCAGAACCUCACCAAAUACAUUUCAGGUUGUUUCUGAUGACUGAAAAUAAUUAAAAUGUUU